AUGCAGCCUACACAGAUUUCAGUGAACAACCUAUCAGGGUCAUCAAACGAUACUCUCCCGUCCAUCGAGUCUCAGAAAACCGAGGAUCAACGCCGCGGAGCCACUCUGAACGAUUUUCCAGAUGGCGGCUUGCGAGCGUGGUUAGUCGUGUUCGGGGCUUGGGCUGCCAAUAUUUGCAGUUUUGGAUGGAUCAACUGCAUCGGGGUUUUCCAGGCUUACUACCAGGAGGAAUAUCUGAAAGGCUAUUCUCCUAGCGCAAUCUCAUGGAUUGCCUCUUUGGAAUUGUCCAUUCUCUUUGGUGGCGGCUUUGUUGUCGGCCGAAUCUAUGACAAGUAUGGCCCGCGGUGGCUAAUGGCCUUUGGCACCUUCAUGCAUGUCUUUGGACUGAUGAUGGCUUCGCUCUCCACCAAGUACUAUCAAAUCAUUCUAUCACAGGGCAUAUGCAGUCCCAUUGGAAUAUGCUGCCUCUUUACACCAGCUGUUGCAUGCGUGAGCACCUGGUUUCAAAAGCGAAGAGGUCUUGCAAUGGGCCUCGUCAGUGGUGGCUCUAGUCUCGGUGGUGUCUUCCUGCCUAUCAUGUUUAACCGCUUGAUCAAGCAGAUUGGUUUUCCAUGGGCCAUGCGAGCUUGUGCCUUUUUGAUCUUGGGCUUGCUCAUCAUCGCCAACCUGACCAUCGUUUCACGCCUGCCACCAUCGCCUGCUCCUCUACCUCUCAAAGGCUUCUUCAAGCCCUUUACGGAGCGUGCGUAUCUCUUCACGGUAACAUCUGCAUUCAUCUACUUUCUUGGCCUUUUCGUGCCCAUCAACUACAUUGCGGCGCAGGCAGCCCAACUCGGCAUGUCCGAGAACCUGGCGCAGUAUCUCAUUCCAAUUCUGAACGCAGCGAGCCUCUUCGGGCGAAUUCUGCCCGGAAUUGCUGCUGACAAGUUUGGCGCAUACAACACCCAGACAAUCAUGGCAUUUUUCUCUGGCAUUUUGGUUCUGGCAUUGUGGCUCCCUGCAUCAAGCAACGCCGCCAUCAUCGUUUUCGCCGCCCUCUACGGUUUUGGCUCGGGAGCAUUUGUUACUCUCUGUCCAACCCUCAUGGCACAAAUCUCACCCAUUCGUGAGAUCGGGCUGAGAAAUGGCAUGCAGUUUGGAGUUCUUGCAAUUCCGGCGCUUGUUAGCAACCCCGUUGGUGGCGCUUUUAUCGCUAGCGAUAAUGGAGGGUAUACUAACAUCAAGAUUUGGACGGGAGCUAUUUUGAUGGCGGGUGCAUGUAUGUAUGCCGUUACGAGGAUUUUGAUCGGUGGUGUGAAGUUGGCGAAGAAGAUAUAG